CACACACACACACACACACACAUCUCUUUUUCAAGGUCCAACUCUGUUCUGUAUGAACAAGCCUACUGUUCAUAUUACCGGCUGGAAUCAUGCACAGCAAGGGAAAUUCAUGCUGCUGCUCAUUUGAUGAGUGCAAGCUAGGCACAGAGUGGCUUCUGAGCAGAACUCGACACCGUCCAAAGAUAGCUGUAGUAUGUGGCUCUGGACUUGGGUUUCUUGCAGAGAGCAUUUCCAAUAAGCAGGUCUUUCGCUAUGAGGACAUUCCCAAUUUCCCCGUGAGCACAGUUCCUGGCCAUGAUGGGCAGCUUGUGUUUGGUUACAUAAAUGACAAACCCUGUGUCUUCAUGCAGGGCAGGUUUCAUCUUUAUGAGGGUUAUUCUUUGUGCAAGGUCACAUUACCUGUGCGGAUUUUCAAGCUGAUGGGCGUAGAGAUGAUUAUCGUAACAAAUGCUUCAGGGGGCCUCUGUCAGGAUUUCAAAGUGGGUGAUAUUAUGGUCAUCAAGGACCAUAUUAACUUGCCAGGGUUUGCUGGACAGCAUCCACUAUGUGGGCCCAAUGAUGAAAGAUUUGGAAUCAGGUUCCCAUGUAUGUCUGAUGCAUAUAGCAAAGACCUAAGAAAGUUGGCAUUGGACAUCAGCACGGAGCUGGGCUAUUCUGACUUUGUGCGGGAGGGAGUUUACUGCAUGGUCAGUGGACCCAACUUUGAGACUGUGGCUGAGGCACGAAUGCUGCAUAUCCUUGGAAGCGACUCAGUAGGUAUGAGCACAAUCCCCGAGGUGACGGUGGCCAAGCACUGUGGCUUGCGUGUCUUAGGUCUGUCCCUCAUUACCAACAAGGUCCCCCUGGACUACAGCAAUGAGGAGAAGGUCAACCAUGAGGAGGUGCUUCAUAUCAGCAAGAUGAGGGCUGAGAUGCUCCAAAAUGUGCUCAACACUUUUAUUGCUCGCUCUGACCAAGUGGAGACCAUCAACAGCUGCUAGACAUCCUUCAUAUGGACUCAGGCAGACUGAAUAUAUGCAGACAUAUUUUUCUAUGAUUGGUCGACAGAGCUUGUUACACUUGUAGCAGCAAUCUAUUUUUCACAAAUCGUGUAUAAGCUGAUGUUCAGUAUUGUGGUUGUAAAUAAAAAGGUUCAAAAAACAAAAAGAGAUUUAACUAGUAAACAUUUCAGGGGCAGUGAUGGUUUAGGUUGUUGAAGCAUAGGGUUUUUGGGUCAGGGGUUCAAACCCUCCUAUCAUUGGGUUUCCAUUUUUGGGUCUUUGGACAAGACCCUUAACCCUAUGUCUUAUACAAGUCACUGCAUGCAGUGCUGGGCCAAAGCACAGAUAGAUAAUGGGAGGGUUGCGACAGGUUCCAGCAUAAAACCUGUGCCAGAUCUUGUGGAUCAAAUGAUAUGAUGUGGUGACCCCUAGGAUAAAAGGGGGAAAAAACAAUUAGUAAUUCAUUCAUUCAAACAGCCUGAAAUGAUUUAUAAUAAACAUUAUUUAUUUUUUGGA